CGUAAACAUGAAUUGACAUGGUCUACUAUAGAGAAAGCGAUCCAUGCCGAGGCUCUUGUGUGUAUAGAGUUAAGCCGAGUACUGGCGUAGGGAGUAGUGGUGUGUAUAUGGACAACUAUAUAUCGUGAAUUAUCUUCAACAGAAAACAUGUGAUUAACUUGGAAUAUAUCUUUGGAUGUUUUAUCUGUGAUAAACAAUGGAUGACACGCUAAGUGUUGGGGAUAUCGUUUGCCUAUACUCCUCGGAGAGUUACGGCUUCUUACUGACCACUCAGUCAAGCUCGGUACAUAACCAGCUGGCUGUUGGCAGUAAGCAGGACCGUGUGAGGCCAGACAUACAAGACCAACAUGUCAUAUCAUUUGAAAUAUGUGUAGCAAACCGCUACAAACUAAACAAGAAAUACAGAAAGUUGUGCAGUAAAUUAAAUGAAGACCCAGAAAACCUUUCCCUGCGGACAAAUACAACGCAAGCACAGCUUGCAGCACAAGCAGAAAACGAUGACAACAAUCUUGAACAGAAAAGACAACAGGGGAAGAAGGUGGUCUAUGGACAAGUGGUGCAGUUAAAAAAUAGUUUCUCCCAGAAAUACAUCCAUGUCAGCACAACGAAAACAUCGGAAACGGAAAGUAACAACAUGGCGGUGGAGUUACUUGAUCAUAAUGCCAAGCAUUCCCAGUUUAAGAUCAUGCCACGUUACAAGGUCAAGGCCGAAGGAGAUGUGGUGCAAGUUGAUGAUCAGAUAGUGAUGGAGAGUGUCAAAUCCCCGAGUUCCUACCUCCAUGUCAGCAAGGGUACUGUUGGUAUCAACUCUGUCUACGCUAAGUGCCAUGAACUUAAUCUGUCAGUACAGCAGAGUGGCUUCACUAUAUACCGCAAACACAAACCUGGUUCUGAUGACGAAAAUAAAGUCAAGGUGGGAGAUGUUAUCAGAUUUUAUCACAAAGAAAUGGAGGCAUACCUGGUGGCCGAAGGCUUAUUUGACCAGCCACUACUGGAAGAUGUUCAUUUACGAAUGCGUCCCAUGGAUCAGACAAACCCGAAGACGUUGUUUCCGAGUACGUCAGCCGUUACUUACUGGCAGAUCGAGUUACAAGAUGGCCCUAUCAGUGGUGGAAUCUUGAAAUGGGAACAACAAUGUAAGAUUAUCCACAUGUGUUCACGGAAAUACCUCACAUAUACAAACGAAAAGAAGGUGACCUUGACCUCUGAUCAUGAAGAUCCACGAACUGUGUUCCGACUACAUCCAGUCAUUAGGGAGAAUGAUGACAUCCCAGUUGACAGUUAUUGCCGGAUAGAACAUGUGGUCAGUGGGUACUGGCUUCAUGCCGUUAUGGCUGAAUACAAAAGAAAGCAAGAAACGACUUCCACAGACACAAAAGCCAUGGGGUCUCUCAAAUGGAGCUCAGCUCAGCUCAAACAGUCGGGAAAGAAGAAGAAAGGCAAAGUAGGGGCCAUACCUGAGAAACAGUAUGAUGACGCCUUCACCAUACAGUCAGUGGAACCAGAGUUGGUGGAGAUAUUUAACUACAUGGCUGGCAUGGUACCCUUUAUACAGAAACUUGUCAAGGACAAAAACAGUGGUUUGACACUUAAUGCUAAAAUGGCCCAUGACGCCUUAACUGCCUUGUCUGAGAUGAGGGAUUUUAUGAUUGUCAACAGCGUACCAAGCAAGAAACGCCAGAAGCUGAUGAGAAAUCUCCGGAUUGUGGAAUUACUGGUACAGCUGUUACAGACACCUUUUAGAGGCAGUCCAGACCAGAUUCACCUGACGAGGAUAUUUGUAGAGGCGUAUGAUGUCCUAUACACCUACCUUAUGGGAGACAGCAGGAAAAAUGAACUCUACAUAGCAAAAUACAUUGACUUCUUCCUCUCACAGUUUGAAUACAAGGAGGGCCAGAUUGGUCUGAAUGCUGCACAUAUGGUGAUGGAACUGAUACGAGACAACAGGAAGAUUGUGGACAGGAUAUCGCAUGAACAUAUCGAUAAAUUUGUGGAACUUCUUCGCAGGGAUAAGAAUUACCGAUACCUAGAUCUUCUGAGCGUCCUGUGUGUCUGUGAUGGGGUAUCAAUUGCAGACAACCAGAAAUACAUUACUGAGGUCUGGCUGAUGAAGGGAAAUCGGAACUGUGUAUUCAACACCGAUUUGGGACAGAAGAUUGGGAAGGUGCAGGGAGUCGUUUAUGUAUCUACAAACAUGUGUAAAACUUGGAUGGAACUUGCUGAUUUUGCUAAAGACGUGGAGGAUGAUGAUGAUGAUCGACAUGACAAUGAUGAGACCUACCUGUUUUUAGUCCACCAGUUAGAGCUGUUUGGUAUGCUGUGCCAUGGCCAGAACGACUUCUCCAUCCAGGUCAUCACAGAACAGCUUAAUUACCUGACCUGGGAGGAAGCAUUCACUUGCCUUAGUGACCAUCGCUUGCCCGACCAGCUUCGUGCUCAAUACUGUGACCUCAUCAUCACCAUGUUUGUUGACAUCGGCGACAACCACUCCGUGAUUGACCGAGUAAAGCUGUCCUACAUCUACGAUGAGAUUGACCAGUUUGAGGAUGCUCGCAGUCCAGAAUCUCGCGCCCGAGAUUCUCAUGCCAAUGCUACCAAACGUCCCAAUCGACCUCUGAGUCGUCGGGAUAGUGCUAUUAGGUCGUUCGGAUCAGCUCUUAGAAAUAAUAUUCUUCGCCCUCUUAGUGAUGGAACUAAGGCGUUAGUCGAAAGCCAUAUACAGGAUGACACUGUCCUGGAUGCCAUAGACAUCACACAGUCCACCACAUACAAGUACUUUCCAUCUAUCAGUGACUGGAUCUCCAAGUUUCUCAACAAGAAUAGUGACAUGACGGCCUCGGAGAUCGGAAACAACAUGUUGGUGAAACAAGUCCUUCGAUUGGUCCAUUACCUUGUGUCCUUUGGAUUCUACUACAAAUCUGAAGACAUAAAGAAGUUAAUGGGGCCUUUGAUGAGUCUAAUUGAUGGACGGAAUGACAAGCCCUACCCAAAUGUCAUUGGUAAAGAAGGUGAGGAAGUGAUGAAACACUUCAACCAUGUUGGCCGAUAUGAGAGAAGUCCAGAAACUCAGGCAGUAGUGGAUGCCAAGUGUCAGGCUCUUGGAGUGCUGAACCUAUUCUUCAACUUCAUUUUCAAUUUGAGAUUGGAGAAAUUCAUGAAUUUGUUCAAAGAUACACACACUCAGGCAAAUCAGACAUCUGUUCCGGCACCAGAGCUUGGUGCUCUCUUGUACGAGACAUUCGACCUCAGCAAGAACUUGGGUACCAAAGUUAGUACCAAAGUUAGAAAUCCAGUAUCAAAACAUGCCAUGAAGAAGCUGAACGAGAUAUUUGACGAGACUGCUUUCCUCAAAGGAUAUGACCUUGUCAACGUCCUCAAGGACUUGUCCCAUUACCAGUAUGAUGAGAUGGUUCGCAUGUCCAUGCAUCUCCUCAACCGAUUCUACUCGGCUCAUAACAACCUGUUCAACAGGGCUGUUCAGGCACAGGUUUGUAUCACAGAUAGCUCCGUAUCUGUGUAUAAGGAACUCGAGAACAUUUUACCAAAGAUGCGGCGGUACUCAACAGCCAAGCUAAGCGACAACCAGACACUCGAGCUGUGUGGCAUCCUAGACCGUCUAAACAAAAUGUGUCACCUUGAGAAUGAACCAGAGGAGCCCCACGGGAUGAACCAGUCGAUCCUCUAUAACCAUGGUGUACUGGAGGACGCCUUCACCAUCCUCACACAGGAAAUUGAUGUCAAACUACUGGAACAAUACUCGGGCCAGCGAAAGAUUUUCCAGAAAACAUUUACCUUGCUUAAGCUGAUGGCCCGCAGUAAUAAGCUGGUCCAAGGACGAUUGUUUGACCGCUUAGACAUGCUUCUGUCGAAAGAAGGUGCCGGGCCAGAAUUAGCAGAGGCUUUGACUGAGGUGUUCACAGGUAAUUCCAAUACCUGUAUGAAAAUCAGCGGCAACCAGGUGAUGAAAGUGAUGGGAAUCGUGGCCAAACAGAGAGAAAAUGUGCCACAGUUUCUUGACCUACUCAAUGCCAUUGUCAAGGUCGAGGAGCUGGACCUGCCGCUAAAACGUAACCAGGGCUUCGUAAUGCAAUACUUCAUGCAGUACAGGUCCGAUGUGGCUUUUGUCAUUGACCAGGAUGAAAAUUCUAGAUCUGGAUGGGAGAAAACUCUGACAGAAAACAACCACAAGGACCUGCAGUAUCUGAUCGCUAUGGUUGACAUGCUGGCUACUUGUGCUGAGGGUGAGAAUCGUUUCAUUGAGUCCAUUUGUCAGACAAUUUUCAAAAUACCGGAACUGCUACGCAUUCUGAACAACAAGAAAAUUACUGACAACUUGAAGCGGCCAUUCUUACGAUUCUUUCUUUGGGUGUACCUGAACACGGCUGGCGGUAUGAUAGAGAGUGGAGCUGGUGACCUCCCGCACGAUGUGGCAAUGUGGGAGUACUUGAAUGGUUUGAAUGAAACAUUGCGGACUGUCACAGAGUACAUCAAAACUGACCCCAAUACGGUCAAACUUCUCCUGAAAAGACCGCCGGCCAAGGGUGAAAAUGGAAGUGACAAGGGAAUAAAUAAACAGGAAGUCAUCCGAGGGACCCUUCAUUAUUUGUUUGAUGGUGUGAUGCCAUUCCUUCAGAUCUUCUGUAGGAGCUACUACCAGCCUGAUGCGAGCAUGUUCCCUAGUGAGCCGCAGCAACUGGAUGAUUUAGCCAGAAACUUCAAGGACUUCAUGACGGUGGCUGCACCUCUCAUCAGUCUGGAGAAACAAAUGAAGAACAUUGUAUCCUGUAUGACUACAGUAAUGUCUGCCUCCACCCUUCCUGUCAGUGAUAUGGAAGAGUUCCAGGAAGAGUACGGAGGAAAAAUCCAGCAAGAUGUCCGCAGUGACGCUCGUAAGAUGUACGAGGAUUUCUACGAGACAGAAGAAGACAUCAAUUUACAACUGAAUGUGUUCGCUGUCAAUAUGAAAGUGGCCUAUGGCGGCAUCAACUCUGUGGAGGUACAGCUCGGCCAUGGGUCUCCAGAUACAGAAUACUCCGAACUCGGUGGUGAUGAGGAAUUGCCAUUAGGAGCAGAAUUUCAGGAUCAUCUUUCCUGCCUAAUUGAUAAACGAAAGAAAACGUCUGUUGAGAAAUAUGCCAUGGCAGAAAAACUGGUUAAACAGCUAGAGAUAUCAUCUAGUUUAACACACCUGAAUGAGAAAGAGAAGCUAGAACAGGUAGAUCUGGAUGUCAAAUGUCUACAGCUUCUGAGAGGCCUCAUACACAAUGAGAUGAUACGUCUGCCUGAGGACUGGGAGGGGCAAUCCCAGGCUCACAGAAGACAAUUAAAGGUGAUCGAGGAAGUCCAGAAUGCCCUCAACACAUAUGGGGUGGUAACCAGUGUCUUAGAACACUUGUCUCGUCCACAGGACAAUGUCGUCCGAGAGGUCCUCGCUUUCCUCGCUGCUCUCCUCUUCAAUGGAAAUGAUGAAGUCCAGGCGAGUUUGAUCUCUUACUUCACUGGAACCAGAGAGGAAACUUUCUUCUUUUCCAUUAAGGGCCGAAUGAACAUGUCCGCCAUAGCUACCAGAGAGAAGCGACUGUUACAAGCCAUGCAUACAGCCAAAUUGGAUGAAGCAAUACAGCAGGCUAAGGCACUGAAGAAAGCCAUGCAAACCGGACAUAUGGCUACAAUUGAAAUCAUGAAGGCCAACCAGAUGAAUUCCAUGCUGUCCAUUGCUAAGAAGUCGAUGGCUAAUUUGCGUCUGUCUGCCAGACAGGGAACAAAACUAGGAGCAUCCCGUCGAUCAGUCCUGGGUGGCUCACGAAGGUUCGGCAGCCGUCUAAAAGCCGGACCCAGCUCGCGCAGUAAUAGUAACAACGUGUUGAUGCCACCACCUAACGGCAUCGCAGGAAAGCAGGGCUCUGUUAUGAUCGGAAAUAAGAACAGCAAGGUUGCUCCAACACCAAAUCCUGAGAUUCAGGUCGAGAAUGUAGAAGAUGAAGAGUUAGAAGAAUUGAUGCAGCAUGCUUAUGAAAUGACAGCUGACCUUGAUUUCCAUGACGACGGCUACAUCGAGUUAGUGCUAAGAAUUCUGGGACUGAUGUGUGACAAUCAACACAAUGGCCUACAGGACUACCUACGAGAACAGCCCGACAAUAUCAAGUCUGUGAACCUGGUAGCUGAGACGACCCGCUUCCUCAACAUUCUGUACUCCAAUAUCAAUGACAGAUCCAUGGCACUCAUAGUCCAACUUUUUGAUACCUUAGUGGAAUUUACCUCUGGAAACCAGCAGAACCAGGCGGUAGUGUUUGAUAACAAGAUUUGUGAUUAUAUCAACCACAUUUUACGUGUGGGCGUGUUCAAGGGCUGCAAGGAAAAGGAUGUCUAUAUCUUGAAGAAGUCAAUUGCGACUUUGAUCAAAUCGCUCAGUGAGGAGAAUCCACCUGAUGCGGAUGAAGACAAUCCCAUUGCAACUCUCGCCAAGAAACCUGUGAAUCCACGGGAUGCGGCUGAUCCGGAUUUACUAAAAGUGUUGCAAUCACGGCCAUCGUGUAUGGAAGUGAUGGAGUACCUGGAUACAGACACACUAGCCAAUACAAUGACGGAGGCCUACAAACAGAUACAGAAAGCAUGUCAGGCCGCGAGUAAAGAGAGAAACAGUCCUGAUUUUGAAGACAUCAAGAUACUGGUUACGGAUACCGGAUUUGCAUACUUCCACAUACUCUGUCGCAAAAUGGACUUAGAUGAAAAGUUACAAACAAGCUCAUUUAUCCGGACACCAGAACAAGAAGAAGCAUGGAUGUAUUUUAGUGAGAACACGCUAUCCAUAGAAAUCUUAAAGGAAGAUGUUCUACAGAAGAUAUACUACAGGGUCAAGGACAAGAAAGUGCUACGUAAUGAGAUCAAAGAGAAGUUUAAGUAUGAAGUAGACCGCACCUCCCCUAGCAAUAAGCUGCGUGAUUUCAUGGACUGGGCUAGUGAUGUAAUCCAGGACAUCAAGUACCAGAGAAAAGUAUACUCAAACAGUGCUGGUAGGCUCCUUGUUAAUCUGUGGCUGCCGAUGAACUACAUUGUUCUGCUUCUCAGUGUUAUAAUCUCCGUCGUUAUACUGGUUGUUUGGAGGGAUCCAAAAACAUCAACAGGGGAGUCGGACACGCUCACGGCUAUUCCUGAGCUGAGUAUAGACAAUUACUACGUGUUCCUGUAUAUAAUGGGAGGGAUACACAGCUUUUUGUGUUUCCUCAUAUACGUCACGUUUCUCAUCUCCAACAGUCCAACGUUCCCGCCGUGGAAUAUGUUCCUUCGAUUAAUAGGAAGGAACAAUGAUGAUGAUAUGGAGUUCAGAUCCUGGCACGAGAAAAAAAUGGAUUCACAUUUGGAGGUCAAAAUCUACAGCUUCAAGUCAUUGUAUUACCUGUGUUUCCUGGCAUUCUCGAUACUUGGGAUAGUGUUCCACGGUUACUUUUUUGCGUUCCACCUUCUCCAUAUCGCAGAACUCAACCAACUGCUAAAGCGGGUCAUACUAGCUGUCACAACGAAUGGGAAGUCUUUGUUGAUGGUAACUCUCCUUGGUCUGGCUAUACUGUUUAUCUACUCAUUGGUGGCGUUCGCCCUCCUACGAGAGAAGUACUUCCUGGAAGGGAACGGACGACACUGUAGGACGGUGGGCCAGUGUUUCAUCUCCAUGAUUCAUCAUGGUUUGGUCGACAGCCCCUACACGACCAUAGAGGCUGAAAUGAACAACUCUAAUUACACUGAUGUGCUGAUGUUGACCGUCUUUGAUGUGACGUUCUUCAUACUCAUCACUACCAUCGGCCUCAACAUCAUAUUCGGUAUCAUCGUGGAUACCUUCUCCCAGCUCAGAGAUUCAAAGUGGGAAAUUGACAAAGACAUGCUGAACAACUGCUUCAUCUGCAGUCGCGAGAGUUACGACUUUGAGAGACAGGGUGGUGGUUUUGAGAAACAUGUGAAGGAAGAACACAACCAAUGGGCAUACUUGUUCUUCUUUAUACACCUGGACGAAACACGACCCAAUGACUACUCAGCUCUGGAACUAUACGUCUUUAAAAUGCUACAGACUGCCAAGUAUGACUUUUUCCCACUAAACCGUGCCCUCAGUCUUCAGAAUGAGGAAGACACAAACGAGAGAAAACUGGAACAACUGCGAAUCUCUGUCGAGUAUAUGGUGAACAAAAUGAAAGAGGAGGAGGCAGCAAGAGAGCGAGAGAAGGAGAAGAGGAGACAGUUAGCCUGGGAACAACAGCACCGGAAGUCUUAAUCCUUACAGACCAAACAGGUCUUACUGGCCAUACUAUAGAAGUUGUCCUUUGUUCCUUUCUUACUUUGUUUUGUAAACAAAUGACAAUAUGUUCCACAUUGUCUUACUGACUUGUGACAAUCCUUGACAAGUAUAUUUGUGAUAUUUUCUUUGACUGCAUAUGUGAUAUUUUCUGUGUCUAAAUAAUGUUAAAUUAUUCUCCUAAUCACGUCUUAAGACACAAACACAGGAAAGAUAUGUUACAACAGACAGAAAACAAUGGAUAUUGACUCUAUGAAAAUAGAAUUGGCUGUUUCACAUUAGUUCUACUGUUGUUGAAAGAAAACAGAAAAAGGAAUAAAUUUUCCGUAAUAUUUUGGAUUUGGUUUAAUUUUAGUUGACCAAUACCUUGAAACAUGAGAUCUGAAUGUCAGAAUUUGUUGUUUUGAAUAUCUAAGGUGGCAUGAAUCGGUUCUUUUCAUGAUAAAGGUUAAAGGUAAAGUAUUGUAAAAGGUACAGUAAAAAUAUUUCAGUACAAAGAAUAUGAAAAAGAAAUCCAAUAUCCAAAUGUACAAUUUAGAAAUAGACAUAGUGAAAAAAAAUACUAAUUUGUGCCAAAUGAGUUCAUAUAAAUGUAAUCUAUUUUAGUAUUUGAUUUAUAAAUGUAUAGUUUAAAUUGAUUGAGCUAGUAUUAAUGAGCUGAAUUCUAUAUUUUUUGUUGCCCUAUCAGAUUACAUAAUGGCAGUUCGUGUUUGUGUUAUAUAUAGUUAACAAACUCUUAUACAUAUAUAUUUAAAGCCUAGAUCAUAGUUAUGUAGUAAUAUACGUAAGUAUAAUAUAUUGUAGUUACAGGUAGAUACAGUGUUUCUUUCGUUCAACCAUGUAUCGAAAUUAGCUUUAAUCUUCGAGUUCAUUGAUUUUAAAGAGAAACCUUCAAAUAUUGUGAAACUAUUAUUUUACGUGUGUAUUUUUAAUCCCCGAAUAUGUAUGUUCGCGAAUUAGUAAAAUGUUGAUAACCAUGACAUGGAAUUAUGAGUUUACUUUGUGGAGGACAUUAAUCCACGAAAUCAGGUAUCCUCCAAAUUGUAUGUUUAGAAAACCAUUUACGAAAAUAUAUUCAUUUUACAGUAAUACUUACAAUUAGUUAUAUAUUUAUUUCUGCUCAAAUUAGCUGGAUAAAAGUGAUUACGAUAUACAUUGCAGUAUUAAAACACAAGAAUGCACCAACACCAUAUAAAUUGAUUGUAGCCUGAUAACAACUUCGAUUUUCUAUGACAAUUCAAAAAUGAAGUUAUGCAAGCUAUUUAACUAAAUUCUCUGUCUGAUUUGACCACAUAUAAGCUAUUUAACUAAAUUCUCUGAUUUGACCACAUAUUUAAUACAUGAUAUAGAGUGAGCAUUUCGCUCUUAAUAAAAACAACAUCAUAGAUAUUAUUCAAACUGAUAGUAACUCAUCCCUUAGACUCCCUAAGGGAACUUAAUAUUUACCAUGGCAACUCACAAUGGAAAGUAUUGACAGAUUACCUGCUAUUCAACAUCAGUCUCUUGUGUGACCUAUUUAUAAACAAUUCACCACACUUACAAAACAAGCGAUAUUUUGCUUUCACUAUUACUUUAUGACAAUGCGUUUAUCAACAAAAUGUCUAUUUUUAUAUUAUUCCAAUGUUACCAACUUACCAUUGGACAUUGCUGUUUAUAUAGCUAUAGUAAUAUUUAUAUGACUUAUCUAUUUAAUUAUUGCUGAUGAAUGGUACAAUCAGGAUAUAUAUUGUGCAAUUAUGUCCACAAAUGUUUGGAUUAUUUUGACUGUGAUUUAUUGUUAUCUAUAUUUAAGAACCGUUGGAUAUUUAUUUCUUAUUGUUGUAUCUGUCGACAGGCAUGCCUAUUGUUUUAAUGUGUUUACAUUCUUUAAAUGUUAGUGAAAUUUUGUUCGUUAUGUUUUCAGAACGUGACAUUAAACAACAAUAUUGUAAACUUGUACUAAUACAUCUGUAAACUAGACUAUAAUUUUAAAAAUAACAGUUCGAACUCAAUACAGUAUAUGAAUUUAUAUAUUGUUAUAAAAUAAGUGGCAAAAGAACAUCAACACAAAUACUCUUCGGUCAUGACAAUAAAACACCGACCUACAUAUAAUAUACUGUAAAACCCACCAAACAAUGGUAAAACGUUAAGAAGAUGCGCCUUUAUAAGGAAACCUUGAAAACUAUAAAGGACACGACCACGUGACGUGUGCUGGAGAGGUAAUGUAUGAAGAUCCACCGACGAUAUCCGCCAUGUAAAUCUAGGUCAACUCAAGGAAAUGUCACGUUCUCAAAGCGAAGUUCGAGGUUGUGAAAAGGAAUUCGCAGGCAUUCUGGAAUAAUGCCUCGUCUUUAAUUUAUUUGAUUUUAAAAACAUUAUUUAUAUAUUUAAAGAUUUGUAUAUGCAUGCAUCUUAAUGUUAUGAUUGGUUAGUGGUCGACUCCAGCCAGAGGAUAUGUACCUUGUUAUUGACUAUUCGUUGUCUCCAAUUUAUGUAUUUAUUGAAAGAAAUAUUAUGGAGGGAACUAUAUGAAUGGAAUUGUGUAUACUAGUGUAAGUUCUGACCCCCGAUGUAUAAUUGUGUUGCUUAGAUUAACAAUUUAAUUAUUGUAAGGUUGUGAUGAGCCCUACACAGAAGCUCCAAAUGUUCAUAUUAUUAUUAUAUAUAUCGUGGCAAGAACCAUUUUAAAACUUCGUAUCGUAUUUGAGACCAAUUUUCUUCAUGUGUAAUGAAACAGGAUACUACUUAAUCAAAACGGCCACUAAUGUAUCUCAAACUUGUAUACUUUUUGUACAACAGACUGCUUCUUACCUUUUAUGUGCGUAAAAUGUUCAGUGUAUGUUAUAGAUGAUUUUGAACAUUUUUGAUUUCUUGUUACUAUUUUUGUGUCUAUUGAAAUAUCUAGUCUACUUUCUUUAGUUAUUCUACACCUAACUCAAAAUGAUAUAUUGACCCCCCCUCCCAAACAAUCUCCUGUUCCAAAUGUUGCAAUCCCUUGUACCGCUCACAAUUUUGUGUUAUGUCAUUAGCAUUUACUAAAAAGAUUAGCUGAUUGUAGGUUUUUAGAUGUUACAUAUGCAGAACCAAGGAUAAAUAUUUUAUUUGAUUCUCGGACAUAUCAGCAUUAUCUAAAUUGUAGACAGUUUUUAACCAUUCCGCUAAUGCCAUUUGUACACUAAUGCUGUACUACUUGAGGAAUGCGAACAUCUAUUACAACAUAAACUUAAAUGAUAACACGUAACAAUUUCAUAGUAAUAUUGUACAACAAUGUUAUCUUACCGACAUAUAAUAUGUUUAUGGCGUUAUGAACUGGCUCGCCAACGAACAGUGAUCAAAUAGCUGAGAAUAGCCUUCCAAAAUCAAUGUCCGAUAUGGUGUUUAAGUGAAAAGAUCUUAUAGUUAGACGGUAUCUUAUGGUUUAAAAUAGGUUUUAAUUAUUUUCACCUCUAAAAAUGAUUUUGAAAUGUCUUUCAUGUUCUAAGGUAAGUAUAAUAUCGGGUGGUCCUAGCUUUUUCUGAUUUUGUCCGGUAAUGACGAGAUUUAGUUCCAUCCGAUGAAAUCGCAUCAUUUGGCGACUCGGAAAAUGAGGGUAAAAUACAAAGCAUAAUUUCCUAUACUACAUUUUAGUUACAAAUGUUGUAUACCGAUGUAUUUCUCUCGGAGUCUGAGAGCUACUCUUCUUUAAACACAAUGGUUUUAUAGUAAAUGUUUAAUGUACAUUGUAGAAAGUGUUCGUAAUAUAUUUAUAAAUGUCAAUGUGUUUGUUAAGCCUAUUUGUCAAGGACUCUGUGCCUUUUUUCAAAUAAAAUCUACCAUGACUCCUUA